AAAGAAAAAAAAAACUUCGUCUCUUUCCUCCCUUCUCCCGAAAUCCCUCGACCCUCGUGCAGACAGCUCCUCCUCCCCCAUCGGCCAUGGCGACCGCCGCGAGACGUCUGCUCCUCCCGGCGCUCCGCAAGUCCCUACCCGCGGCCAACGGCGCCGCGCGAGGCGUCUCCACGGAGAGGGCGGUCGGCGCCGCCGCCGUCGUCGGCAGCCACACCGCCAAGUGGAUGCAGGACACAAGCAAGAAGUCCCCAAUGGAAUUGAUCAACGCAGUACCUCCGAUCAAGGUUGAAGGACGAAUUGCUGCUUGUGAUGGGCGUCAGGAUAAAGGUCGUGAAACUGGUUCCCUCGGCCAUCCGAUCGAAUAUAUCUGCCUUGACCUGGACCAGCCUGCUGUAUGCAAGUACUGUGGUCUCCGUUUUGUUCAAGAUCACCAUCACUGAGAAGACAAGAUGCAGUCCUUCACCACACUGAAAUUUGGAAUUGAAUGUGUGUAUUUGGUUUAAAAUGUUCCAGUCAGCGUGUCAUGUAUUCUGCCUGAUGGCAAGAUGAUGAUAUCUUUGACGAUCAUCGUACUUUGAAUGACAUAAUAAUGCCCGCUUUAAUAACAGUGGAUUUCUUUUUCUUUAGUUG